AUGUCGGAAGUGCACACCGUGAAAGAGCUAGCGCUUCCAAAACAAACGAUGCACAUGACUCGUCUGGCUGCAAACUACGCUCACCUGAGAGGUCUACCGGUGGACUCUUAUGAAGAGGCCAUGCCACGAGUUUUAAUUGGCGUGGACAAUUGCAGAUUGAGCCAGCCACUGAAGAGCGUAGAGGGUAAAUGUGACGAGCCGGUCGCCUCGAAGACACGCUUGGGUUGGGUCGUUUAUGGCCCUUGCACCAACGUAAGAUUCACUCCCGAGUCACAACGUAGCCUUCUUCACGUAUGUUCCUGCGAUGGCUCGCCUGAUGAUCGACUCACAGCUGCGGUGAAAGAGUAUUUUAAACUCGAAUCGAUCGGCAUCAGCACAUCGACCAACAGCCUGCAAUCUAAAGACAACGAGCGCGCUUUGGCCAUAUUGGAACGAGAAACAAAGCUAAUAGACGGACGCUACGAAACGGGACUCAUAUGGCGCCGUGACGAUCCAGAUCUACCUUGUAACAAGGCUGCGGCCACAAAACGGUACGUAUGCCUAAAACAAAAAAUGAGUAAAGAUCCCGUUCUAUCCAAAGCUAUCCAGGAGAAGAUGCAAGAAUACUUAGCUAAAGGUUAUAUCAGGAAGCUUGCAGACACCACCUCGAUUGUACGGUUGGUACCUUCCAAUCUUUCCGGUAACCAAUCCGAACAAACCCGGGAAAAUCCGUAUGGUUUUCGACGCAGCGGCCAAGGUAAACGGAGUAAGCUUAAAUUCCAGACUUCUUCCUGGACCCGACAUGCUUGCUGGACUCGUGUCAGUGCUGAUGAAGUACAGAGAGAACCGUGUGGCGAUUGUCGGCGACAUACGCGAAAUGUUCCACCAGGUGGCCAUCAAGGAAAAGGAUCAACGAAGCCAAAUGAUCCUGUGGGACGGCGAAGACCGGCAAUUUACGUCGUGACCGUGAUGACGUUCGGAGCAGCGUGUUCACCUAGCAGUGCACAAUACGUAAAAAACGUGAAUGCAGGACGAUUUGCAACAGAAUACCACAGGGCAGUCGAGUGCAUAGUACAUGAACACUACGUUGAUGAUAUGCUAGCCAGCGUCGAGACGGAAGAGGAAGCUAAAGAUCUGGCCGACGCGGUCCGUUACAUCCACGCGUGCGGUGGUUUCGAAAUCAGAAACUGGGUUUCGAACUCUCGGGCCGUCAUGCAACACCUGCAAGAGGAUACAAAGGGGAAAGAUAUUAGUGCGAACUAUGGUCUAUCCACCGAAAAGGUGUUGGGAAUGUGGUGGAACACAUCAUCGGACACGUUCACAUUCCGCUUAUCCACAAGGCAUGAUCAAGAGCUGUUAUCUGGGAGAAAGCCAGGAACGAAACGUGAAAUACUACGGACACUUAUGAGCGUUUACGACCCUCUCGGACUACUCGGACAUUUUCUAAUGUAUUUAAAAACUUUGCUGCAGGAAGUUUGGCGCGGAGGCACCGGUUGGGACCAGGAGUUGAGCGACCAGACGGCAGGGAAAUGGACGGAGUGGUUACACGUGCUUCCCGAUGUCAAACAGGUGACUAUACCCCGAUGCUAUCGAUGUAUAUCCUCCACAGAUGCCAACGUUGAGCUGCACGUCUUUUGUGAUGCGAGUGAGAAGGGUAUGGCAGCAGUUGCUUACUUCCGUUUUGAGGAAGGAAGGGAUAUGCAUAUCGAAUGCGCUCUGGUAGGAUCGAAAACGUGCGUGGCGCCGCUUAAAUUUUUAUCCAUUCCCAGACUGGAGCUGCAGGCCGCGGUCAUCGGUGCAAGGCUAGCAAAAACCAUAUCGCAAAAUCAUCGACUGUCGAUCGGACGAACCAUCUUCUGGACCGACUCUAAGAACGUCCUGAGUUGGCUUUACUCAGACCACAGGCGCUGCAUCCAAUUUGUAGCAUUCCGUAUAGGAGAGCUGCUAGAAGGAACCAAUCUGGAUCAAUGGCGAUGGGUUCCAACCAAGAUGAACGUAGCAGACGAGGGCACAAAAUGGAGCAAACGACCAGACCUGUCAGCGCAAGGGCGGUGGUUCCGUGGGCCGUCGUUCCUUUGGGAGCCGGAAAGCGCCUGGCCGAAUCAAGAAGGGGUACCACAACGUACCAGUGAAGAGCUGCGGAAAGGAAUGAACCAUCACCUAGCGGAAAGGCCGCUAAUUCAUUUGGAACGGUUUUCCAGAUGGAACCGAGCGCUGAGAGCUAUGGCGUUUGUGACGCGCUUCAUAACAAACAUGCGUCAUCUAGUUAAAAAAGAGCCGAAAGUGAACGGGCCGCUGACGCAGGACGAGCUAGCGGAGGCGGAGCGUAUAUUAAUACGAUUCAUACAGCAGAAGGCGUAUCGUGGUGAGAUGCAACAGUUGAAAAAUCGGGAGCUGAUAAAGUAUCCGUGGAAGAAGAGGAUCGACAAAGGCAGCAGUCUAUACAAACUAUCGCCUACUUUAGACGACCAUGGGAUUCUAAGAGUGGGGGGACGGCUAACCGAGUGCGUGGGAAUCAGCGAACCUUCCCGCAAUCCUAUAAUCCUGCCUAGGAAGGAGUACGGAACCGAUCUCUUGAUGCAAGCGUACCACGCCAGGUACAAACACGUGAAUCACGGUACAGCUUUGGCUGCACUAAGGAUGCGAUACUACAUCCCAAAAAUCCUGGGGGAAUACCGUCGCAUAAGGAUAAGCUGCCAGAAAUGCAAGGUGGACAACGCGCGCCCGGAACCGCCUUUAAUGGGUAAUUUACCACUUCAGCGGGUUGCAAUGGGUCAGAUUGCUUUCUCGUUCACAGGUAUAGACUACUUUGGGCCCUUUCUAGUCGCCGUCGGACGACGGGUAGAAAAGCGAUGGGGCGUCAUAUUUACCUGCCUUACGAGUCGGGCGGUCCAUCUGGAAAUAGCGGCAUCCCUUAACACCGCCUCGUGUAUCCUAGCCAUCCGACGCUUCAUCGCUAGACGUGGAACCCCGCUCGAAAUCAUCAGCGACCGAGGGACUAAUUUCGUGGGUGCUUCGCGAGAGUUGGACGAAGCAGCGCAGGAGAUCGACCACGACGCAAUGAUGACGGUAUUUUGCGGACCGCUAACGAAAUGGAGCUUCAACCCCCCCGGGGCUCCCCACUUUGGCGGCUGCUGGGAACGCUUAGUGCGCUCGGUGAAGAAGGUGUUGAAUCAGUUCGUGUUUCCUAAAAGACCAACGGACGAAAUUUUGGCAUCAACCUUUGCGGAAAUCGAGCUGAUACUGAACUCGAGGCCACUUACCUACGUGCCGCUGGAUGACGAGAUGACGGAGCCUAUGACGCCGAACCUAUUGCUACUUGGGACUCCAGACGGAAGUAAGCCGCCGGCUUCCUCCUUCGCCGGUUCUGCGACAGCCCCGCGGCUCUAA